AUUAAGAGCCAAUUGUAGACUGCCCCCGCCUCUACACGCGCCCGCCCGCAAUCCCGCGAACCGCCCUCCCGCCGCGGCCGCUCGCAACCCCGCACGCCGCAAACCCCGCCGCACACAGCUUCACUUCCACCUCACAGAUCUACGUGUUCGGGGCCUUCUCGCCGCCGGCGACCAUGGCGCACCCCGCCUGCGGAGCCGCUCCCCACCUCCGCCCACCCACCCGCCCAACCUCCGGAAAAAAAAGAGAAACCCACUGUCUCCGCUCCGACUAGCCCAGGCCAGCAGAAACCCACUGUCUCCGCUCCGACUCCCUUUUCCUCUCUCUCUCUCGUUCUCAUCCAUCCAGCCAGGCGAGCCAACAAGCAAGCAAAAGGGCGAGGAGCUGGAGAGACGCCGGCGACGCGAAGCAACCGCCCGAUCGAAGCCGCGGCUGAGCAGGAGGAGGGAGCCGGAGAUGGUGGGUCUCGUCGGCGGCAGCACGGCGCGGGCGGAGCACGUCGUCGCCAACGCCGGAGGGGAGGCAGAGUACGUGCGCCGCAUGCACCGCCACGCGCCGACCGAGCACCAGUGCACCUCCACCCUCGUCAAGCACAUCAAGGCGCCCGUCCACCUCGUGUGGGAGCUGGUGCGGAGGUUCGACCAGCCGCAGCGGUACAAGCCAUUCGUCAGGAACUGCGUCGUGCGCGGGGACCAGCUCGAGGUGGGCAGCCUGCGCGACGUCAACGUCAAUCCCGGCCUGCCGGCGACGACCAGCACCGAGCGCCUCGAGCAGCUCGACGACGACCUGCACAUACUCGGCGUCAAGUUCGUCGGCGGGGACCACCGCCUCCAGUCCUGAUCGCUGGAUGCUAUGCAUGAAAUGCAUUUGUUACCAUUUCAUAUGAACCAAAUCUGUACCUUAUGAAUACUUCAGCAAAGACACAAUUAAGGCAAUAAGGCCUACUGGAGUUUCUGCAUACCAAAACUGGGGGCCCCUUCGGCACCAUGAAGAACCCCGCCGAGCAGGCGCACGGAGCCAACGCCGGAUAGAAAUUGUCGUCAGGCUGCUAGAGCCCAUCAAGGAGCAAUCCCCCAUCCUAUCCUACGCUGACUUCUACCAGCUUGCUGGAGUCGUGGCAGUCGAGGUAACUGGCGGACCUGAUGUCCCCUUCCACCCCGGGAGGGAGGUGAGGAUGGUCUCUUUUCUAAUAAACCUUUUUAGUUUUAUAUUAGAUAUAAGAAGAUGUAGUGUUUGUCGGAGGCUCAUAAGUGUGGUUUGGAGAAUUGAUAACCUGUUCUUCGACAAAUACAAAUUGCUUCGAACCUGUGGCCUCUCAGUGAGACACACAUCCUUGGUCUUAUGUUGGAUAUGUAAAAACUAAUCAUCAAUCCCUAGACUAAUCCAACCCAAACCCAAGAUUUUGGUAGGGUUUAUUUAAGCAAAACUAACCCUAUUGUCAUCAGCCUGUCUACCAUUGUACCUGGGAUUCUGGGAAAGUGGUCUUGAUGCUGACACAUGUUUCCACUGUUUGAUGGCCAGCUUAUGGUUAAAUAGAGGAUAAGAUUGUAUAAUUAGUAACUAGCAGCAUACCUGUUAGAGGGCACUUGCCUUCUGGAAAGAUAAUGUCGCAAGCUAUCUCCACUAUCUUAUACUGCAUAGGUACUAGGAUAUUUGACAUUUGCAGAAACAAGUUUUUUCUAGAGUAGUCUUCUAGCUGCAGAGGAGUAUGCUGACAUUGUGCUAACUUAGGCUGAUAUUUGCUUGCAUUGUUCUGUCCAUACUGCCUUAAUACUGUAUAUUAUGGCUGCAUAAUGGUAUUUUCGGAUUGACUCAUUGAUGCAUAAUGGUAUUAUCGUAAAUCAUACUGCCUUAAUAUAGAGGAUUGGCAUAAUGAUAUUUGCUUGUGGGAUAUGCUUAUAGCCAUUCCGUUCUGAUGAUUCCAAUAGGCUCUUUCUUAGGGUUGGAUCUCCUCAUGGUUUUCUUUUAAUUAAAUAAGUCUGUGGUGCAGACACUAAUUUAUAUGAAUAUAACCUAUCCAUCAUUACUUCACUUCAAGUCUGGCACUUCCAUGUCUUUGUAUGCUUGAUAGUCUGUCUAAACCUUGGAGUAGCAGAUUGCCAUGGGUUGUUGUAUCGAUGAUGCUUAAGUAUGGGUAAGCUAAAUAGGGAUGCAAGUAGCAGAUUAUGCUAGAUUCUUGCACAGGGAAAAUUAUGUAGUAUUGGGGGGUAACAAGUAGGUUCCUUUUUAAAGGUACACAUGAGCAUGCCUAUACUAAGCCAGAUGCUUGAUCAGUUCAAAAACAUUUGUGUGUGGGGGAGCUGUUUUAUUCUUGUUUAUUUAUCAGUUCAAACAGAUUGUCAUGAACAUGCUUGAUUGCUUUCGUUUGACUGUGGAGUACGGAGUACGGAGUUCACAAAAUCUAGGAGAUGAACAACCUCAGGGUAAGCCUCUCACUGUCUCAUGCCAGCAGCCGCACCCACGUCCUGUUCUGUCUCGCACGCUCUCGCCAACUUGUGGUUGUCCAUCCGCCGCCAAGCACCCGGCCCCAGCAGUCGCAAUGCGGUCGUGUUGUGCAUGGCGGACUUGAGACAGUUGAUGGUUUGUCCGAAGCAUUGGAAAUCUGAGAGUGAGCUCCCUUGCAUGAUUGCUUUGGCUAAUUUGGUUUUGAUAUGCCCGCGAUUGUAGCUUGUGAAAUCAAGGCACAGCUUGUCCGCACAGCCGAGGCGGCUAGGCAGCUCGCGCUAAUGCUCGAAGUCGAGAGGCCAAGCUACCAAGGCCGCAACUCAGUCUACCAAUCUUCCUCAAAGAUGAUGUCGGCUAUCUCCGUGGCUCAUUUGGGGUGCAAAGACAUGGACGCCGUGGACGUCGGAGUGGUAGGGAUGGUGGACUCGCAGAGCCUAUCCUCGGCACUUGAGAAACUCUAUUUCUGGGAGAGGAAGCUGUAUGCUGAGGUCAAGAUUGUAGGCUGUGGAGUACGGAGUUCACAAAAUCUAGGAUAUGAACAACCUCAGGGUAACCCUCUCACUGUCUCAUGCCAGCAGCCGCACCCACGUCCUGUUCUGUCUCGCACGCUCUCGCCAACUUGUGGUUGUCCAUCCGCCGCCAAGCACCCGGCCCCAGCAGUCGCAAUGCGGUCGUGUUGUGCAUGGCGGACUUGAGACAGUUGAUGGUUUGUCCGAAGCAUUGGAAAUCUGAGAAUUACUUCUGUGAAAAUUAUACGGAACAAGCAGACUGGGCACUCAGAAGGCUAUGGUUUUAUUGAGUUUUCCUCUCGAGCUGCUGCAGAACAUACUCUGAUAAACUUCAAUGGGCAGAUGAUGUCGAAUGUUGAGAUGACUUUUAAGCUGAACUGGGCUUCUGCUAGCACUGGUGAUAAGCGUGGAGAUAGUGGUUCUGAUCACACAAUAUUUGUUGGUGAUUUGGCUCAUGGUGUUACUGACUCCAUGUUGGAAGAUGUGUUCAGAGCUAAGUACCCUUCAGUUAGGGAGCUAAUGUUGUUGUUGAUAGGAUGAUUGGAUGGCCCAAAGGAUAUGGUUUCGUGCGUUUUGGAGAUCUGAAUAAUGCAUUGUGAAGAUGUAUAUUUGUGCUUGUUUAAUCUGAAAAGGGGACAACUUUUAGAUAUAGCAUAAUAGGAUAUGAAGAUGAAAGAUCUGUACUUAGAAAUUUGUUCAUGAAUGCUUU